CGGUGAGUUUUAUAGCAACUGUUGCCCAGUGAGGCAGCGCCAUAGUCACCGUAGUCCUGGCGACUGUAACCCACCAACAACAACCUCUCGCUCCAUCAUUACCACCUCCUCCACCAUCCUCAUCUUCAUCAACCAGUCCACAGCUCAGGCGCCAUGCAGACCCCUGAAGCAGGCGCUGACUCCACCUCCACUGUCCCUCUUCAGACCACCGUGCCUGUCCAGCCUACCGGCUCCACCCAGCAGGUGCCUGUUCAGCAACAGGCCCAGACUGUUCAACAGGUUCAGCAUGUUUACCCAGCACAGGUGCAGUAUGUGGAGGAAAACAGUGGCGUCUACACCAAUGGCAACAUAAGAACCUACUCGUACUCAGAGCCGCAGCUGUAUAGCCAGAACAGUGGAGGGAGCUACUUUGACACGCAGGGCAGCUCAUCACAAGUGUCCACUGUGGUGACAUCUCAUGGCAUGACCAACAAUGGAGGAGGGGGCAGUGGAGGAAUGAGCAUGGGUCUGGCAGGGGGUCAGGUAAUCAGCAGCAGUUCUGGGGCUUACCUUAUGGACAACACUGGACCCCACCCUGCCACCCAGACGGCACGAGCUUCCCCAGCUACUCUCCAGUGGCUGUUGGACAAUUACGAGACAGCAGAGGGCGUAAGUCUACCACGAUCCACCCUCUACAAUCAUUAUCUGCGCCACUGUCAGGAGCAGAAACUGGACCCUGUAAAUGCAGCCUCUUUUGGCAAACUCAUCCGCUCCAUCUUCAUGGGACUCCGUACAAGGCGCCUUGGGACAAGAGGGAACUCCAAAUAUCAUUACUAUGGUAUACGUGUAAAACCAGAUUCCCCACUCAAUAGACUCCAAGAGGACAUGCAGUAUAUGGCUCUCAGACAGCAACCAGUUCAGCAGAAACAGAGGUUCAAGCCAGUGCAGAAGUUUGAUGGCGGCUCUGGGGAAAAUUACUCAGGUGGAGGCCAGCACCAUCCCGGUGCAGCAGAGCAGACAGUCAUUGCGCAGAGCCAGCACCACCAGCAGUUCCUAGAUGCAUCGCGGGCACUCCCUGACUUUGUAGAGCUGGACCUGGGACAGAGCAAUACAGAGAACAUCAGUCCAGAGGAUGUGAAAGCUCUCCAGUCCCUUUACAGAGAGCACUGUGAGGCUAUCUUGGAUGUGGUUGUCAACCUCCAGUUCAGUCUAAUUGAGAAACUGUGGCAGACAUUCUGGCGUUACUCUCCCCCUGACUCAGUAGAGGGUGCCACUGUAACAGAAAACAGCAGCAUUAGUGAGAUCGAAGCACGGCUCCCUCGUUCACAGCUACUGGUGCUGUGCAGAAAUGAGGCUGUACUCAAAUGGAUGAGCACCUGUGAUCAUCUAAUGUACCAGGCCCUUGUGGAGAUCCUCAUUCCUGAUGUCCUGAGACCUAUUCCCAGUGCCUUGACUCAAGCCAUUCGCAACUUUGCCAAAAGCCUGGAAGGUUGGCUCAAUAAUGCCAUGAAUGCCAUUCCACAGAGAAUGAUCCAGACCAAGAUUGCCGCUGUUAGUGCCUUUGCGCAAACACUGCGCAGAUACACAUCUUUGAACCACCUGGCUCAGGCAGCACGUGCUGUCUUGCAAAACACAUCCCAGAUCAACCAAAUGCUGAGUGAUCUCAACCGUGUUGACUUUGCCAACGUACAGGAGCAGGCAUCAUGGGUGUGCCAGUGUGAGGAGGGAGUGGUUCAGCACUUGGAGCAGGACUUCAAGGCCACACUACAGCAGCAAAGCUCUUUGGAGCAGUGGGCGGCCUGGCUGGACAACGUGGUCACUCAGGUGCUCAAGCCCUACGAGCACCGGCCCAGCUUCCCCAGGGCGGCUCGACAAUUUCUGCUCAAAUGGUCCUUCUACAGUUCAAUGGUGAUCAGGGACCUGACCCUGCGCAGCGCUGCCAGCUUUGGUUCCUUCCAUCUGAUUCGCCUGCUGUAUGAUGAGUACAUGUUUUACCUAGUGGAGCAUCGUGUGGCCCAAGCUACUGGAGAGACACCCAUUGGUGUCAUGGGGGAGUUCGACAGCCUCAACACCCUGUCCCUCACUAACAUUGAUAAAGAUGAAACGAGUGGGAUGGACAGUGACUUGGAAGAGGACACGGAGGAGACCGGCGAACCUCUCGCCAAGCGGGAGAAGUCGGAGCAUGAGGUGAUCCAGGUGAUCCAGGUCGGGGCACUAGAGGACGGGUCCCACCCCGUGGUGGGGGUUGUCCAGCCAGGCGUCCUCCACUCGCUGCCCCAGCCCCCGCAGGAUCACACCGAGCACAUCCUCACCCCCUCAGCCGGUACUCCCACCAUCCGCCACUGCAGCACCACAGGCAACACCUACGCCUCCGUCUGAGGGUCAGAGGGCACAGCCGACCGCACCUGGCCUUUUUUUUGCCGUUUCACUCUCCACAUAUCUUUCUCUCUGUAAGUCUAGUUUGUUUCCGUCUGUUUGAUGCAUUGUCUCUGUCUGCACUUGUGUGGACACUCUCUCCUCUCCCUAUCCAGCCUGAUCAGUGGAGGAGCGCUGAAAAGCUGAUACUCUGGCCACGAUGUGCUGUCCGUGUCUGACUGCUUAGAAUCUGGAUGUGGUGUCAUCCCAUAAGUCUGUGCUUUAUCACAAAUGUGGCAGCUGGUGGAAGGGACCUGGAGGAAAAGGACUAAUUUGAUCCAUUAAACAUUUCCCGGUUAGUCGCAACUCAACAGGAAACCUGUCUGUGUAUAUAGACAGACAGAAGUUUUACCUUGAAGGAAAAUUAAAACUCCUUCAUACUACUGAUGUCUCAGAGCUCAAAUCCACGUCACUAGUCCCAGUGGAGCAAAGUCAUUGAUUGACUCAAGACUUUCACCUGUUGUACAUAGUUUUGUUGUACUUUCAAUUGGUAUUACUCAAAACUCAUGGUGCUAUCAUUGUGUUUUGUUUUAGUUUCUAGUUAUCCCUCCUAAUUUUAGUAUGAUUUAUGUCAACAUGCAUUCCAACUGUUGAUUGACUUUCGGCUGAACAAAAUAUUUUGGAGUAUUGUAUGUAGCUAAAAAACAAAGGGAUGACUUUCUUUGUAUGUAUGACAUUGAAAAAAGGAUCAUGGGGCAGUUUUGUCUGUUUGGUUUGACAGUUACUUGGUAGCUACCCCGCCAACAUCCACUUAUAGCUUUUAGCCACAGAAAAUGAAACCCCUAAAGAAAUAUCUGUGCUGCUACUCAUGUGUACAUAGAGACUGAGAAGACCAGCUGUACAAAACCACUUGCUCAAUGCUAGCUUUUCUAUGCACUCUGUGCAUAACGCUUGCCUUUGUUCAUUUUAGAUGCUCUGUAGUGUGGUUUACGAGAUGAGCUGUAAUCUUGAAAACAACUUACUGGACACGUUCCCCUGGUUUUGCAGUUUCUGUCUUAAAAGUAAUUUAAGUUCAAAAUGGACCAAAUAAAAAAAAUUUUAAAAAAACAGACCCAACAAGAGGAAGCUGAGAGUGAGCCAUCUGGGGCCACCCGAGAGCUGUUUUCCUGUCCCACAGUGCCAUGUUGCAGAGCAGAAGGAAUGUCAGGGAUUAAAUGUACCUCGGCUUUAUCAUAGUGCCUUAUCCUUAAAUGCAGCUGUCCUUGUAGUCCUGACUGUGUGCUGUAGAGAGCCCACAGCCCCUCUGCAUUGUCCCAGCCACAGAUUUGGCUUUCUGGUGACUUGUGGCUGGAUUUGGGCUGGCUCAUCAGUGUUGAGACCAAGGAAUGCAGGCACAGACACACCUGUUGUUUUUCUCUGGAUCAGCUCUACUAAGCUUAUUACUUAUCUGAAUCAUGGUCUUUAGCCUUGCUCCUGCCCUAACUCUGCCCUCUUGAGGCCUAUUCUUGCAUUAGCCUUCGUUAUUGGGUGAAGUGUGUGCGACUGUGCGUGUGUGCGUGUGAACAUGGAUGCGUAGGUCUGCACUGUGUUUGUAUAUAUGCCUGUGUGUCUUGCGUGCUUGUGUGUGUAUGUGUUGGAACACAUCCAUCAGUCACCCUACCUCAAACCAGUGGUGCCAGCCCUUUGACGCGUGCAGAACAGUCACCAAACACUUAUUGCACACUCACCACUGUACUGCACAAAUCUCAACGCGAUAGAGAAAAUCUGCAUUGCUUUUCUCUCACCUCUGAUACAUUGUGAUUUCAGUUAUGAGCCCAUAAAAUGCUUCAUCCUUUGUUCCCUGUUUAAAGAUCAUCUUUGUACAGUGGACCAAAAGUAGAUAUUUUCUGAUAUUCAAAGAGAUAUAUAGAUAUAUAUGUAUAGUAUAUAUAAUGAUGAUACACUACAUAUAUUUGUUGCUUUUUAUGUGGUUGAUCUGAUUGUUUAUAUGUGAUUGUUUCUUUUGGUAGCUCCUCUGUAAUUAGUUUAUAGACUGUGAAAUGGGAAAGGCAUGAGGACUAACUUUUGGUUCAUUAGACUACAUCUAUACUUGAACUGUUAUAGCCUUCUAUGUUGUGGAGAAUAUUGAGAUUAAUCCUCUAAAUAGGAACGUUUUGCUACUAAAAUAAUUUCUUGUUUUUGUUUCUCACACCUGUAGAAACGGUCUGCACCGUUUCUCUGCAGAAAUGUUUAUUUAUUAAUAUUUAUUGUGUUAUUGUGUUUUUGGGUUUGGUUUAGAUGCAUAUGUUAUUAUGGGAACUGAUAAUGAAUCAUGAAUUAUACCACUGCAAAGAGCGGAACUACUGUACAGAAGGACCAAGAGUUUUUUUUUGUUGUUUGGUUUGUUUGUUUUUUAUUCUUUGCAAGUCAUAUCUGUAGGUUGAUAAAGUUUUUAAAGAAGGGUUGGCUCUGUAUUUGCUGUAAUCAGUCCUUUAGCUCCUAUUACUAGUCCAAAAAUUCCAUUAGAUCCUAGCAGUACACAGGAUCUUUGCCAUUUUUUUGUCUCAGUCUAGAUUGUGUGCCUGUGUAAAAACAUGCUUAACAGUAAAGGAGGGUGGAAAAGUGCAAAGACUGCAUAACAUAUAGGUUACUGGGUCAGUGGGACUCUCACAGAUGUUUUGUUAAAUCAUUUCCACAACACUUUUGGGGAAUAUGAAAAGUAAAUUCUGGCAGCCCCCCAAAGACACAUUCCUUAUUUAUUUAAACCUGCGGUACACAUGUCUUACUGUAGCCUUACCCUGAUCCUACUGGCUUGAAAUGUCUGGCAUGCCAGAUCUAGGAACUGAACACACACACACACACUCUCAAACAAAUCUGGUUUUCUUAGUAUAUUCCUCAAGGUCAGUUUGAAAAGUCUGCAAGAAAAGGUCAUUAAACUUGUAUGUAGCUGGAAGUUGAAGGCCCGGGGCAUUUUGUUUACAUCAGGCUGUGACCAUAAUGAACUCGCAUGAGACAGAUUGCUCCCUGACUCGUGGUAUUUAACUGUGAAAUACAAGUUGGGAGAGCACAUAAACAGUAAUGAAAAAUGUUAAAAAUAAAAGAUGAAUGAAUACACAAACUUAAGCCCUAUAUUAUCUCUUAGACUUUCUCCAAAGCGUCACACAAAUCUGUGUCACACUGUUGCAAAAAAUGAACUAACCCGCUCCCCAGGAGCUCACUUGACUCUCACUGAAUUUCUGAGAAUUUAAAAAUAUGUAGUAAAUCUUGGUAGUGUGUGUUGUUUAGGAAUGAAGGUUCUGCAAGAUUUAUUCUCUUGCCUCUCACUGAAUUUUUUUUUUUUUUUUUUUUUUUUUUUUUUACAUGAAUCUUUGCUCCCUCAUCAUAUACAUUAACUACAAUACUGUAGAUGUGUUAACAUGUAUUAUUUUGUGCCUGAAUUGGAAAUGGCUUAAAAAAUGUUUUCUUAAAAUCUUAAUUGUGUGCUUUAGGAUCAUUAAGUGCUUUCUGGUCUUGCACGCCUACCAUGUGCUGCUAGAAACUGUUAUUGUCAGUCUUACCCCCCCCCCCCCCACACACACACACGUAGACUGACAUGCCACAAUUUUUAGCUUUCUGCAUCUCAAAGCCUGCCUGGUUUACACUGGACUGAUGUCAAUGCUGCCAACACAACUGUACUUUAUUUCUCAGUGUCUUUUAAAUAUUUUUUUGUUUUUUUGUUUUUUGUUUUGUUUUUGUAACAGCUGUUUGCAAAUGAGCCCGUUUCCAACCAGAAAACUUUAAGAAAAAAGAAGAAAAAAAAGACAUAAGCUAUUCUUUAACUUGUCAUAGGAGCAAAAGCUUGGAAAAAUGCCUCUUCAGCUGGACAACAUGGCAGCUUCACUGACCCAUAGCAGACUCCAGUGCCUUUUAAUUUCGCCCCGGCCAGAGCAGAUGGCCUGGGUGACUAUUGGGUCUCUGGUGGGCUACAGAUAAGAGGCGAUCAGAGCAGACAUUUCAUUGCACAGGUGCUGCCACUGAGAAGACACCAGGGCUGAGGAUGCAUAAAAGACCUGUCCUCAGACUGGACUAUUUAUUAUUUACUGGAUGUGACACCACAGACACACACACAUACAUACACACACACUGAGUAGUUUACACGUGGUAGAUUACCUGCAAACGGCUUUUUAUUGUAUAGAACUGGUUAAUGAACAAGGAGAGUUACUGUAAGUAAAAAUGCUCUCUUAUGACUUGUUUUUCUCAUGAUCGUGAUUUCUUUUGUCAAAUGAUAUUUUCUGAAUGCUGUGACCUGUUUGAGAUUUGUAUUUGGAUGUUUUCAAGUGCCAUUUGACAGUCUAGUGAGUCGUGGCCAUCUGUAGCACGCUCUAAUGCAAGCACAAGCAUUUGGCAGUGGCAUUUGGGGAAGGUUUUUAUUUUGAUUCACCCUAGACAAAAAUAUGUAUAUAUCAAAAACUGAAAAGGUAUAUUUAUUUGUGUCCUAAUUAUUUGAUUUGUUCUUUUUGGUGAACAUUUUAUCAGAUAUGUUGGCUAAAGUGCUUUUGUGAUUUAUUUUUCCUUCUUUUUGGGAUAAUGUAUAGUAUCUGAUAUAAUAUAUACACACAACUUUCAUGUGACUUUCUUUUCGUGUGCCGUUAAGUUUUCUUCAUAUCUUCUCAAAUUGGCGAGCAGACCAAUGCGUGUAGGGUGAUUUGUAUUGUGUAUUUUACAUAAAAAAACGAGGACAAUUGGGGAACUUUUAUAUUUAUAAAGACAUUAUCAUUUAGUGUGUCGUAUUGAUGAAUAUAGAAACUAUUAAAGACACAUGUAGUUUGGUUCUCUGAAUAUUUCAGAUCUCAGCUCAGGCUAGCUUCUUAGUGUUGUUUUCUUAAAAUUUGUGACAUGUCUUUGCAGUAAUAAACGUUCUCUUGUUCAAAGCCAGUGUCCUCUCUCUCUCUCUUCAAUUUUGGCUCUCACACCAAUCAAAUGACUAACUGAUAGUGUUAGCCCAUUACAUUUUAUUCAACCAUAUUCAUACAUAUAAACACCAAUAUCAUUCAAACUCAAUUAUGUUUUCAGGAUGUAUGACAUAAUUGUAAAGAUUACGAUGAGAACAGACUUGCAUUUCCUGAAAAUUGUACAGCAUUCCUCCUCCUUUUCUUUUUUUUUUUCUCAUUUUCAAUUUUAACCAGAGUGGUUCAUCACUGUAAAGGUAGCAAAAAGAGUAUAAAAUACUGCAACAGCUGUAGGUAAACAGAGCUCCAAAUACCAAAAUAUUGUUUGAAUAGUGCUGAGCAAAAACUAAAAUCAGUUCAGUUGAUGAUUAAAACCAAGCUUUUACAAGCAACAUUAACACUGAAAUGACUGCAGUCUUGAUAACCUUUCCACUUCUCAGAGGGUAUUUUUGGCAUCAAUAUGGCUUACGCUUCCUCUCACAGUUCAAGCCUCGCUUCCUUUUCCUCAGCUGUUGUCUACAUUAGGUGUCAUCCGAGUAAAACUCAAAUUAAAACGGGUGGAGGUGAGCUAACUUUAAGUGGUGCGCCACAAAAAUGUAUCUUUUGAGUAUCAAAGAUUCACCGCCUGUAGGUUUGAGAGGUGUGUAGCUUCAUCUUACAUUGACAUGGUUUCAUAUUUCAUACACUACUCUUACACCACAACUCAAUAUGCCCUAGAUUAAAGUUAAAUACACCUUUCAAACCUGCUGUGGAGUAUUUGAUGCUGAAAACAUAUUUUUGGGCAGAGAGCACUUUGAACUACACUUUUCAUGGGUCUUACCAAGGUUAUUAGCAAGAAAAACUUUUCAACUAGACUAAGAUAUUAUAUGGAUACAACAAGUAACCACACAGGAGACUAUGAAACAAGACAAAAUACUUAAGCAAAUUAAUAAAGUGCUAAUGGACGCUAUUGAGGGCAUCUAAUUAAAAAAAAUGACUGUUACAAAUAAUAUUAUGCAGAUGUGUUAUAAUAACAUUUUCUUUUGAAAAUAUUUCAUAAUUUCAAUUACAUUUGGGGUUUGAAAAACGUCAGUAGAAAACAUCACUCUUCAGUGUCCUUACAGCCUUGACUGGUGGUAGAAUAAUGGAACCGUUUUAUAAAGAGAAGCUGAGCUCAGCUAAAAUGGGCUUGUUUAAAUGCUCUUUACGUCAUUAAAAACUAUUCAAAAGGGGAAUAUGAAUCAAAAAACAUCAACAAGGACUGUCAGCUCUGAAAAAUAUUUAAGAUUACGUCUUACAAGAAAAUGAGUAAUGAAUAACAUGAUUUCACAUAAAUGUCCUGAUCUGUGUGUGAGGGUGGAGGGCGGGUGGGGUGGGGUGGGGACUCCACUUACAUGAAGCCGUAUCAGCGCCAGGGAGCCACUGAAGGAGGACUGGAUCAGCAGUAUACUCCGACUGAAACCACAUUUAAUAUGUUCAGACAGGGUAAAUAACAGGUUUGCAUCCAACACAAGGCGCCAGAUUGUGUUCAGUCGGCUGAACUGUUCUUAAGCCAAAUAGUUGGUUCUCUUGCUUAAUAGAUCAAAGAGGAAUUUUGUGACUUAGUUACAUACAGGGGGCUCCAAACAUCUUAAAAUCUUAAAUACAGAAAUAUCCACACUGAAAAAGAAAACACAAAGGUAGCGUAUGAAUUAUUUCCUGUUUGACACCCUAAACUCUCUCUGCAUUGGUUUCGUUCAGCACUGAGGCUUCUUUAGUGAUUGAUAAGCUUUUGGCACCUUUUAAUCUCAGUGUGGACAUAUUCUUUACCUCCUAUCAGUGUGAGAUUAUUUUUGUAUCAUGCAGCCUUGUUCACUUCACCCUGUUGCAUUUGGUGAAUAAUGUCCGAAUACUGGCUUCCUUUAAUAUGCGCAUCCUCUUGGCUGCAUGUUUCCACUGUGCUACAACUCCUCCCAGUGACUCACAUGUUCCUCCAGCUGUUGUUUGGAAGUCACUGAACUUACAGACCUGGAAUCUCAUUCAGCACACUGACAACUGCUCGCUGUGCCUGGAUUUGAUAGCCUUGACUUUGGAGUAUACUGCCAGCCUUUGUGUCCUUGCUCCCACUCCUACAACCUACUCAUCAUCCCUGUAGUUGCAGUCCUCCUUCGGCACUCCAGGCCUAUAGGUGGAGUGGUCCGUUAAAA